AGGUAAAACAGUAUUUUUUAUACUACGAUGUUUAGCUUAAAAUGUUUUCUCCUUGUAAUAUCCUAAAACUCGUUUAUAGGUUAGAGUAGUGCGAUUUAAUAUGCAGAACAACCCCCAGGAGCUUUCAUGGCAGGCGAUUCAGGCUAUUGUGGGGGUUAAACUCCCACCUAAUGUGUUGCGUUUUGAUGAUAUCGGCUUCCACUUAGUGAAUAAUUCGGUUUCGAGUGCAGAAGACUCAGAUUCCGAUGUGGAAAUCGUCGAAAAUGGUUGGGAAUCUGACAACAACGUAUCCUCGAAACCAGAACACUCGGAUAACGAAAAGACGUCUCCCGACCGAGGGCAGAGCGAGUCGCCUGUCUUGCGUCUCGUGGAGCCCGACAAUAACAAUUCUGGAAAAGAAUUACUAGACUAUAGACACUUUUUAGUUAAAAUGGACACCAAACGUAUAGCUGAAAACGAAAUGCCUCCAACAAACAACGACGACGCAGACAACUCCAAUGGGAAUGUCAUGUCAAUUGAGAAUUAUUUAGAGGUGACCUUAUCUACCGACUCUGAGGCUAGUCAUAUAUGUAGCCAAUGUAACCAAAUGUUUACCAGUGAGCAACUGUUGUCUUCACAUCAGUGCAACGCCAAACCCACCGAAGAGAAGAAAUACCCCUGUCAUGUUUGUGCUGAAAAAUUUCCCAGCUAUUGGGAGCUCAGAAAACACAUAAACAGUCACUUCCCAGGAAUGCUAGACUCCAAGUCCAGUUUUUGUCAUUUAUGUCAGAAGGAUUACACAAAAACAGGAUUCAUGAACCAUUUACGGAAGCAUACUGGCGAAAGGCCUUUUGUAUGUGAGCUAUGCCAUAAAGCCUUCUCACAGUCAAGUUCAUUGUCAAUACACAUGAAGUUUCAUCUCAAUGUCCGAAAGCAUGCUUGCACAGUAUGUGAAAAAAAGUUUGUAACGAAGAGUGAACUGUCCAGGCAUAUGACUGUUCAUACAAAGCAAAAGUCAUACUAUUGUGGUGUGUGCGACAAGGCCUUUACACGGUCCGACAAUAUGAAAAAACAUGAAAAAACGCAUGGAUAAUUCAGACAAAGUCUGAAUGUAUGUAAAAAGCAUCACUCAUGAAAAGAUUAAAUGGUUAGAAUUACAUUUGAAUGGGAAUAAUGAUAUUGUGAAAAUAUAUUGUUUGUAUGGAGAGUAUUUGUGUGCUGCUUUUUACACAAACUCUUGUUUCCAACUCUCUGAUUGCCAAAAAAUUUAGUCAUAACUAUUGUUAAUUAAAAUUUACAUUGUUUUAUACCAAAUUGAAAAUUUCAGUCUUAGUUUAUAAUUUAGCCAUUAUAUACCUUACUAAUAAACAUUGUUAAGCAGUUGUGUUUGCAAUGUGCAAUGUUUGUCUUCUCCUUUUGAAUGUCAAAUUAAGAACAGAAAACAUACUAAAACUAAUACAAUGUUUAAUAGUAAGGCCCUAUUAAGUGUGUUAAUGUGAGUGGAUAUACUCUUUUGUGUGCUGCUGUAGUUGCUUUUGAAUAAGGUUUUUAUAUAUUAUGCAUGUUUGGGGGAACCUUUAUUGUAUUAAAAAUAUGCCAGGUGCUUUAAUAUACUGUCACAUAUCUUGAUCCAAAGUUGCCUUUUUAGAUAUGAUAAAGUGAUAUUUAAUAUGUGGAUAUGGGUCAAAUGUCCAAUGAAUCUUUGAUAGCUACACUGUAGUGUUUGUAUAAGAUAAAAAGAAUGAAUAGUACCUUGAAGUUGAGGCCUUCUAUAUAUCAGAAUUGAACUGUCACAAAACUAAUAUUGUUCCUGCUUCACAUGAGAGCUUUAAUAAAUAAUAUAUUUUUGUAAAUCUUUACCACAAGGUAUUGUAUACCAAGUUGUAAAGUUAUCUUUGCCAAAUUUUAGAUAAGUAUUUGAAGUGAUUCUUAUUGAACUGUGUUGUAACCAAAGCAAUAAUAUUGUCUAAUGUGCCUAUUCUAUUUAUAUAUUAAGUGAAUUCAAAACCAAAUAUAUCUUAGAUGUUAGAAAAUUCAUAGUAAUGUGAAUUACUAGACAUACCAAAUUGGAUUUAUAGUCAAUAAUAUUGAUAAAAUAUUUUUAUACAUGAUAAUUUAGCAUUUUAUUGAGGCACUGUUUAAAUAGUUUCCUGUUAUAAUGGUCUCAGAAUCAUAAUUUAGUUUAGCUGUCUUGAACAAUUAGAAUAAUUUAGUUAAGUAUAUUAUAUGUAUAGCUUAAUUGAGAAGAUAAUUGGAACAAUCAUCACAAAUGUUAUACAGUGAAAUUAUAUUUAAACAUUCAUAGUGAAUUACUAUGUACAUAUCUUUUUGUAAAGUGAUGACAAAGUCAAUUAUUUCAGAUAAUAUAUUUGUUGCACCAUUUAUAACUUAUUCCAAAGAUAUCAAAUUGGCUAUCAAACCAAAGCUAUUUAGUUUUUCAAUUGUGCCACUUCCUAUUUUUAUUGGUAGGAAUACCAUUUUAUAAUAAUUUAUAUUGACAUUUUUAUAUUUAGUGUAAGGCAAUAAUUACAUUUUAAUAUAUUUAUUGUAUUUAAUAAUUAGUUUUAGCUGCAUGACUUGUUCAUAGAUUUAAGGGUUUAGAUUGAGCCAAAUGAAAAAAUACACAAAAAUCUACAAGACUGACAAUAAUAUUCAGAGUAGAUAUUAACUCAUGCACAAAUGUAACAUUUAUUUAUUGAUGCCUUAACAGGAAGUUUUAAAUAUUUAUCUAAAAUGCACCUUGUUAUAAACUCAUCAUGACAAUUAGUAUAAGAUCAGUUUUAUUGAAUUAAACUGUUUU